GUUGGUUUACAAAACAUCCAAUUGGAGCUGCUGAGCACCAGGUGGCACCACUGAGCCGUCCCUCAAUGCAGCAUUGCCACCAAGAUUUGUCCACGUUGUUCCCACUAUCUCCCCUCCAUCCUCCCAUCCCCACUCCCCCACCCCUGGCUCCCUCACUCGGCGUACUGUACACACCUAUCCAUCUUCCUCCAGCCCGGUUAGUCUCCUGCUGUUUCUCUGCGCUGUGAGCAGUACAAACGGCACGAAACAUGCCCGAACCACGGCUCCCAGCCCCUGUGCGCUUCUGCGUCUUGCUGUUGUUCGUCUCGGUGUGGACCGCGAUGCCGGGACCCUUGCGUUGUGGCCACGGGGCUCUGCUCCGGCGCGUCGGAGAGGACCGUGUGCCGGACCUGGACGGAGGACGCGAUGAGCGCUCCCCUCGCCUGAGGAGAGCGCUGUCCCGGGAGAAACAAAUGACCCUACACAGCAGCUCCUUCGUGCUCAAAGGGGACGCGACCCACAACCAGGCGAUGGUCCACUGGACAGGGGAGAACAGCAGCGUCAUUCUCAUUCUGACCAAGUACUACCACGCUGACUCCACCAAGGUGCUGGAGAGCUCUCUGUGGAGGUCCAGCGACUACGGCACCACCUACACCAAGCUCAACUUGGUACCAGGGACCACCAUAGUGGUGACCAGCUUCUACAUCUGCCCCACCAACAAGAAGAAGGUAAUCCUGGUCGGCUCCUCCGUGAAUGAACGUGAUCAGAUGCUGUUCAUCAGCACCGAUGAGGGCUCUUCCUUCCAGCGGCAGAUCGUAUUCUUCACACCCAACACACUUAUCUUUCACCCCAAGGAGGAAGACAAGCUCCUUGCCUACUGCAAAGAUGGACGGCUGUUUGCCUCCACAGAUUUGGGCCGCAAGUGGACUUUGCUACAGGAGCGGGUGACCAAGGAUCGUGUAUUCUGGUCUGUACCAGAGGUGGAUGUGGACCCUGAUUUAGUGCACAUGGAGAUGCAAGACACAAGUGGAGGCUACCUGUAUGUCACCUGCCUCAUCCAGAACUGCUCCGACAAGAUGGUGACAGCUCAGUUCCUGGGUAAAAUCGAUCACAACUCACUGUCGGUGCAGGACGACUACAUUUUUGUCAAGGUGACCAGUGGGAAUCGCACCAAGCACUAUGUGUCGUAUCAACGCAACGAGUUUGUCCAGAUGAAGUUUCCCAAGUACGCCUUGCCAAAGGAUGUUCAGAUUGUGAGCACGGACGAGAACCAGGUUUUUCUGGCCCUGCAGGAGUGGUACCAGACAGACACGUACAACCUCUACCAGUCAGACCCACAAGGCGUCUACUACUCCAUCAUUCUGGAGAACGUCCGCAGCACAAAGCAGCCAGAGGAGAACGUCCUCAUCGACAUAUUGGAGGUACGUGGAAUCAAAGGUGUCUUCCUGGCCAAUCAGAGGCUCGACGGCAAGGUGAGGACUCUCAUCACUUACAAUAAAGGACGGGAUUGGGAGCCUUUGACCCCUCCCACCACGGACAUGAACGGCAAGACCAUCACCUGCAAAGCGCCCGAAUGCCACCUCCACCUGCACCUGCGUUGGGCAGACAACCCCUACGUGUCCGGAACAGUCCACACCAAAGAAUCUGCUCCAGGUCUCAUCAUGGGAGCGGGUAACCUUGGUUCCAAGCUGGUUGAGUACAAGGAGGAGAUGUACAUCACGUCAGACUGUGGGAAGACAUGGCGACAGGUUUUCGAGGAGGAGCAUCACAUUCUGUACCUGGAUCAUGGCGGUGUGAUUGUGGCCAUCAAGGACACUUCCAUCCCGCUUAAAAUACUCAAGUUCAGCAUCGACGAGGGUCACACGUGGACGGUCCACAACUUCACCAGCACGUCUGUGUUUGUCGACGGACUGCUGAGCGAGCCGGGAGACGAAACACUGGUGAUGACCGUGUUCGGCCACAUCAGCUACAGGUCCGACUGGGAGCUGGUCAAAGUGGACUUCCGUGAGUCCUUCCCUCGUCAAUGUGCCGAGUCCGACUACGAGUCCUGGCAGCUAACAGAUCUGCAGGGACAAAAGUGCAUCAUGGGCCAGGAGAGGACAUUCCGUAGGAGGAAAGACACAGCAUUUUGCGUCAAAGGAAAGAGCUACACUUCUGCUCUCAGCACCGCACCCUGCCAAUGCACCGAGCAGGACUUUAGCUGCGACUACGGUUUUGAACGAUCCCACGCUGAGACUGAACGCUGCUUUGCCAAUUUUUGGCACGAUCCCGACUCGCCGCCGGACGACUGCCACUUGGGACGAACCUAUGAGUCCAGCACAGGGUACCGGAAGGUGGUGUCAAACGUGUGUGAGGGGGGCCUGAACAAGGAGCAAAGUGGCAAACAAAGCAACUGCCCUCUGCUGCCCCCUAGAGGCCUGCAAGUGGGUAUCAAAGGGCAGAUGCUGGCUGUUGCCCCCGGUGAUGAUAUCACUUUCAUUGUCCACCAGGAAGAGGGGGACACAAGCAGCACUAAGUACCAGGUGGACCUUGGCGAUGGCUUCCGGGCCAUCUACCGGAACUUGACGGUGACAGAUGAACCCAUCCAGCACCGCUAUAGGAAUCCGGGAAUUUACAAAGUUUCCGUCCAGGCGGAGAAUAUGGCGGGGCGCGACGAGGCCACCAUGUACAUCCAGGUCACAGCACCUCUGCAGGAAGUGCACCUGGAAGUGAUCCCCAUCGCUGGGAGAAACCACCAAGUUAACCUGACAGCCAUUGUCCUACCUGCCAAGGCCAACUUCACUGUCUUCUACUGGUGGAUUGGAGACAGCCUGAAGCCAACAUUGACUCUUCAGAACAGUAUGGUGACGAGUUUCCCAGAGCCAGGCGAUAUUUCUGUCACCAUCCAAGCCUCGAACGGGAGAUCCAUGGUUCAAGACACCAGGACGAUCCGUGUCUAUGAUAACUUCCACAUCAUUCCUCUGAGCUUCAGCAAACAUCUGGAUCGCUUCAACCCUAACAUUCCUCAAUGGCGAGAGGACGUGGGUCAGGUGGUCACCAAGGUACUCGCAAAGGCCACAGGGGUCCCCCAGGAGUCCCUGGUUACCGUGGUGAAGGCAGGCUUCCCCACCAGGGCUGAGCUGUACAUACUUCCAGUUGAGAGCACCUCAGCUAAGAGGAGCGUCUUCCAAGAUAAGCGUAUUCCCGCCAUCAUGCAGGCUUUCAAAGACAACAACGUGAGCUUUAUGGUGCGAGGAGGUCUGCAGGUGCUGGUGCAGCCAGGAGACCCAGACGCAGGGCUAAAUGCUAUCGACUCCACAGCAGGAGCGAAUACUGGCCACGGAGCUGCUGGUGGUCCUGGCGUGUGGGCGCUUGCUGUCGUCUUCCUGGUCAGUGUCGUUACCACGGCCUCCUUCAUCCUCUUCAAGUUCAAGAGGAAGCUUCCAGGUGGCCGCAGCGUCUACGCCCAGAUGCACAAUGAGAAGGAGCAGGAGAUGACCAGCCCGGUCAAUCACAGCGAGGACACGCAGCACAUCAUCCAAGGCGAGGAGUUCAUCGACGAUGACUUGGACUCACAGACUCUAGGUAACGCCAGAGGUAGCCCCGCCUUCCGAUCCCUUAUACGGACAACCACUAACCACUGCUACUAAACACCUCCAAAAAAAGGCAACCAUUCAGGUGUGGUACUGAGCGUCAACUCAAAAGAACUCCGCAGUUACCUGAGCAGCUGAUGGCUGCCAUGGCAACAUCCAACCAGCACUUCCUUCUCCUCUUCCUUGCGGGAUACUUCACUUUCCCAAAUCCAGUGACGGCAUUGCCUCAUGGCUCCCUCCUCCAAGGGAUGGUAGCCAUAUUGCCACGUCCUAUGACAAUAGCGUGAAUAGUGUGAACGCUAAGCAACCCACACCAAAGUGCGCAACUUUUUUUUUUUUAAUAAUAUGAAUUUCUUGAGUGGGGGUGUCCAAACUUUUCCUUUGAGGUCCAAAUACAGAAAAAUGGAAAGCAUGUGGCGUCCACAACGUUCUAAAACCAAUGAAAUGUAGUUCAACAGACUGUAUGCAUUCUAAUCAUUGCUUUGUGUUAGAGGUGACAAGGCAAAUUACCGUACCCUUUAUUUUAGAUAUACCAAUUAUAUUCAAAUUGGACUCACCCAUAAAGCAGGGGUGUCAAACUCAUUUUAGCCCAGGGGCCACAUGGAGGAAAAUCUACUUCCAAGUGGGCAGGAUCAGUAAAAUCAUGGUAUAUAUUAUAAUCCAUGAUUUUAAUUAAACUAAUAAUUUGAAAUAGGGUUAGGCCAUAUGGACCUUAGCAUAUAUCACAAUAUUUUUUGGAUGUAUCACAAUAUGACAAUAUAAAAUUUAAAUUCUGCAAAGUCUUGUAUAAAAAGCUACAAACCUUAAACCGUAUAAUGAAAAUCACUUCUCACAAAUUGUAAAGCACAUGUAUUUAUUGGUAAGAAAGUGGCUAACUUAUCUCAUUUGAUUUCUACUAAAUCGUCAACAAACUGUAAUGCCUGUGCUUGCGAUGAAGGAAGAUGUAGUCACCCAUGCAAUUCUAACUGCAUAUGCGAGAUAUUGUUUUGUUUACGCAGACAUGGGGCAAAAGGCGCUCUUAUUUGGAAGGGCGGUCACAGAAGUGUGUUCCGUGUGUGUGAAGAAUGAGUAUUAACGGCAAAGACUAGCCACGUUCAAAAAUAAACAUGCUUCUCGGAUUUUUUUCACUCUAAUUGUCGACAUCAAAACUAUUGUUUCAGCACUGCAACGUGCUGUGAACACACCAAACCAUACAGCUUUCCCGUUCACUUAUGUGAAUAAAUAGGAGGAUGACCAUUUCUUUUGGAACACUUGGCAAUCUGCGUCCACUUUUCUUGUUUUCUGACAGAGCUGCAUUGGCGUAAUGAGGGUGCCAAAGCACAUAAUGUUAAGUGUGGAAGCUGUAAUAGAUGUAUUCAUUCAUUGACGCGGGUAAAACACAAGGUGGCUCGCUGCACUUGCUCUGCGCUGAUAUAAACAAUUGGCUUGCUUAACACAAUUACUAUAGUGCCAUCCCGUAUUUGUAAUUAAAACAGCAGUUAAUUUUAUUGAAAAAUGUAUCUUAUAAUUAUACUUUAGAGGCGGCACGCUGGUCGAGUGGUUAGCGCGCAGACCUGACAGCUAGGAGACCAGGGUUCAAUUCACCCUCGGCCAUCUCUGUGUGGAGUUUGCAUGUUCUCCCCGUGCAUGCGUGGGUUUUCUCCGGGUACUCCGGGUUUCCUCCCACAUUCCAAAAACAUGCUAGGUUAAUUGGCGACUCCAAAUUGUCCAUAGGUAUGAAUGUGAGUGUGAAUGGUUGUUUGUCUAUAUGUGCCCUGUGAUUGGCUGGCCACCAGUCCAGGGUGUACCCUGCCUCUCGCCUGAAGACAGCUGGGAUAGGCUCCAGCACCCCUGCGACCCUCGUGAGGAAAAAGCGGUAGAAAAUGAAUGAAUGAAUGAAUGAAUUCUACAUUAGGGGCUGCACGGCGGUGGGGUGGUAGGCCUCACAGCUAGGAGGCCCGAGUUCAAUUCCCGUGCAUGCAUGGGUUUCCUCCCACAUUCCAAAAACAUGCUAGAUUAAUUGGGGACUCCAAAUUGUCCAUAGGUAUGAAUGUGAGUGUGAAUGGUUGUUUGUCUAUAUGUGCCCUGUGAUUGGCUGGCCACCAGUCCAGGGUGUACUCCGCCUCUCGCCUGAAGACAGCUGGGAUAGGCUCCAGCACCCCGCAACCCUUGUGAGGAUAAGCAGUAGAAAAUGAAUGAAUGAAUGAAUACAGAGUGGCUACUGAAGUGAGAAAGGAAUCUGUUUCAGUGUGUUCUCUCAUGAAGCCAAGAGUUCUCCAGUUCGGUCAUGGCAUACUUUAUAAAAUGGUUUGUUUGACACCCCUGGCCUAAACCCUAUAAUAUGCCGCUCACACCUAAAAAGUAUUUUGAAUUAAGUUUUUGAAAUUAAGAAACAUUUGCAGGGAUAUAAAAACCCCUUCUAUCUUAUUAUACGCAGUGGAAUCAAUUGACUUGUGAUAAAGCGUCCUCUGCUAGAUUCUCAGCUUUAUCACUGUUCCCCCUAUGUAAAUUUCCAUUAUUUACACUUUAAAGCAGAAAAUCUGCAAAUAUCAAUCCUCAAACACUUUGAUAUUUAAUAUGUCUUAAUAUCAAUAAUACAAUUAUUUAUUUCUUAAAGGCCAAUAAAUGAGCUCCAGGCUAAAUUAACUUCGAGCCACAGUUUGGACAUCCCUGCCAUUGCCGCAAAUGCAAAGCAUCCACCAGAGGGCAGUAUUUCAUUCUUUACUUUUAUUUCAAUACUCUUGCCCAUUAUUACGUUGUGGUCCUCGCAAGCCUUCAUUUUUCUAAAUGAUUUCAAAUCCUCAUGGGGUUGUAUUUAUUUGUGUUAACAGCACACCCCCCCCUCCUCAUUUUUAACAUGGGCUGGUUGAUGAAGGAGGGCAGGUACAGCAAGUGGACAUAUUUGGCCUAUAUUAGGCCUAACCCGCAGUGGAUCAGGUUUGAUGUAAAUGUGUAAAUAGAACUUCAUCUCCACUCUGUACAUAUGAUCCUUUCACAUGAGUGUUUUACACGGCGAGUUGUUGUUGUUCAAUGUGACCACAAGCAUCUUAUUUUCCACAGGGUUAUUUCAUCCUGGGACUGGGAAUUAUUAACAACAUCCUAUUUUGAUACAAUUGCACACUGAAGACGAUGAAUAUUUUUGAUACAUGUGUUAGAUAUAUCUCUGUAGGCACUGCUUGACUGCACUGAUUGCGUUAAGACUCAAAUAUACUGCUACACAUGCAGGAAGUGAAGAAAUGCAUAUUUUUGGAAGGAAAAAAGCACAAAUAGGCAGGAUUUGCAUAAAUUAAAAAAAUGUGUUUUGAUUACAUCAUUGUGUGAAUUUGCUGUGCACUUGAGUUAGAUCCGGGUACUGACAGUGCACUGCAUUUUGACGUACUUAGUAUAAGUGUGAACAUACAUACUGUCAAACACUAAGUAUGAAAGUGCUCCAAUUGAGACCACGCCCUUGCUCCCUCUUCUUACAGGAACUGUACCAAUUAUGAGGUGUGUCUCAAGAUGUUUGAGAGCAGUUUCACUUCCACACUAGUCAUGUUUCGUACACAUUUUUCUGCUUUUCAUGUGGUGUGUGAUUUGCCCCCAUGUGACAAGGGGGCAUGCGGGGGAAAAAAGAACUUCCAGGAUAGUCAUGUGCACAAGCGCAGAGAUUCAACUGUUGUUUUCCGAUCAUUUGUACCAUUUAAUGUUGUUUUGCUAUUACAAUGUCAUUAUUAGGAAUAAAUCACUCUUAGUAACGUCUGUGUGGCUGUUGUUGUCUCAACACUCGAGUGUGUGGAUGGAGUGCACUCAUGUGGGUGUUUUUGCCACUGAUUUAUUCAGAUACAAAAAUUCAACCAAGAGUCAAAUAGACAAAGUAUUUUAUAACAAAAGUUGUAACUUGUAAAGCAAUUUGAAACAAAUGAAGACUGGAUAUCUAUGUACAGUAUCGGAAUCAAACUCUGUUACAAAUCUAAGUUUACUACAAUGUGCAGCAGAAAUGAGAUUAAUUCAUUUCUUUAUGUUGGAAGGCCUCAGGCAAACAAGAGUGUCCUGUCCUUGUGACAUUCAUGUAGUGUAUAGUUCAGGCUACAAAAAAAACAACACAAAAUUCAGUUGUUAUCAUCAAUGACUUACACAAUACUAAAUAAAAUGCAUCAUGUAAUACCUGACGUUGAAGGCACGCCCGAACAGAUGAAACUACUAUUGUUCCUCACAGCACGAGACUUCUUUUUUGCUGACCGUGUGUCUUUUUCUUUGUCGUCUGUCUGCGAGAACUUAGCCACCAAAAAGGAAGGACUGUUCUCUCCGAUCCUGUUCAGAGGACAUGUUGGCAAAAAGUUAGAAUUCAGCAAAAUUUUAAGGGUACAACAGUCAAAACCCAAAAUGUAGCAGUGCAUUUGUUGUGCGCUGCAGAGGACAGCCUGGGCUUUCCUGAGAAAUCAAGAGAAAAAUUGCUGCCAUACCAACCACAAGACACCAUGAAAUCCAAUUUAUUGGGUAUUUAAAGGCGGAAAAUUAGUGGUUUCUUUUAAAGCAGUAAGUGUUUAAUC